AUGUUCUCCAAGAUCUUCUCCCUUUCUCUCCUCCUCGCUGCCGCCGUCUCAGCAGCACCCGCCUCAAAGACCGUCCGCUCCAUCCCAGACAAGACCGUCACCCUCACAGGAGUAACUCACUCCGUCAACGCCGGUCUCGGUGGUCUCCGCUUCGAUCCCGACAAUGUCGUCGCUGAAGUCGGCGACGUAGUCGAGUGGCACUUCCUCCCCGCCAACCACACCGUCGCCCAGUCCAGCUUCGGCGAGCCCUGCAAGCCCCUCGCCGACGGUACUGGUUUCUUCGCCGGCUUCAACUUUGCCACAGCUCAGGGCCAGGCUCCCGAUGUUUUCCAGAUUGUCGUGGAGGACAGCAAGCCUAUCUGGUACUACUGUGCUCAGCAGAAGGGCAACCAUUGCCAGAUGGGUAUGGUGGGUGUCAUCAACCAGAACUUUGACAACCAGGACUUCAGCCUGCGCCGGCACAAGGAACUUGCUGCUCUGACUGGUGUUUCUGUCAUUCCUCCUGUUCAGCAGGGUGGAAGUGUUAUCCCUAACCCCAACCCCAACGGUGGCUUUUAA